AUGACAGCUGAAAAGACUAUUCCUAUGAUUAAUGGCAAGCCAGAAGAUGCUUUGGACCCAGAAGCCUCAAGUACCAGCCUUGUCCACAGCAAUGAUAAGAAAGUUCAUGAAAGAGGCCACUGGAACAAUAAGGUUGAAUUUGUGCUUUCUGUGGCAGGGGAGAUUAUUGGGUUGGGAAAUGUAUGGAGAUUCCCAUAUCUGUGCUACAAGAAUGGAGGAGGUGCCUUCCUCAUCCCGUAUGUGGUUUUUUUUAUUUGCUGUGGAAUACCAGUAUUUUUCUUGGAGACGGCCUUGGGACAGUUUACUAGUGAAGGAGGCAUUACAUGCUGGAGGAAAGUUUGCCCUCUAUUUGAAGGCAUUGGAUAUGCAACGCAAGUUAUAGAGGCACAUCUAAAUGUAUAUUACAUCAUCAUUUUAGCAUGGGCUAUCUUCUAUUUGUUUAACUGCUUUACUACAGAGCUUCCUUGGGCUACCUGUGGGCAUGAAUGGAAUACAGAAAACUGUGUGGAAUUUCAAAAACUUAAUAUGAGCAACUGCAGUCAAGUCUCUUUACAAAAUGCCACUUCUCCAGUGAUGGAAUUCUGGGAGCGAAGGGUGCUAGCUAUAUCUGAUGGAAUCGAACAUAUUGGGAAUCUUCGCUGGGAACUUGCACUGUGCCUCCUUGCUGCUUGGACUAUCUGCUAUUUUUGCAUUUGGAAAGGAACAAAGUCUACUGGAAAG